AUGUUUGUAUCCGCUAUGCUAAUUAACAUAAUUGCAAUUAGCUUCCCAUUCAUUUCUAUGAUGUUUUAUUCAAGAUUGUUGCUAAAUAUAUUUCUAACAAGAAAAAUCAAAAUCGCGCCAGAGUUGUAUUUGUUUUACUGCAGAUUUGUUCUAGACUUGCUGAUUAGUUUUAUCAGUUUUGUUAAAAUGGUUGUCUAUGCGCUGUCCAUGACCCCAUUGUACGAUUUUCUUGUGACAAAUCAUUGGCUAACUUUCAUAGUCGUUUGGCCUGUGAGCGUUUUGAGUAGUAUGAGAGCAGUUCUUGUUUUAAUUAUUGCUUUCGACAGGACUUUUGCCGCCUACUUCCCCGUUUUCUUCUUCAAUUAUCGUAAACUAAUCCCGACGCUUCUUAUAAUUGCCUUUGUCUCAUCGUACUUUGUGUUCGAAGUCCUCGUAGCUUUCCAAGUAUGCAAAAUCAACCUGAAAAUCCAAACAACUUGUAUAAGUGCCCAGUGUAUCAAUGGGGCUUGUUAUCACAACUAUUGGAUAACAUUUUCAAAAAUUCUCUAUGCUCUUAUCAUAGCCCUUACUCUUAUGCUUUGUUUGAAAAUAUUCUUUUGGGAUAGAUACAAAAAGCAGAAUGUGAAUAAAGACUUGAGACGGGCCAAUCGUCUGGCAUUAAUUGAAACAUUUAUAAUAAUUGUGUUCAAUUUAAUACCACCAACUAUAAAUUCAUUCUACCCGAAUUAUUUCGAAUAUGUCGGAGCUAUGAAUACAGUAUGCCAGACGUUGGGAUUCGUUGUGGAAUCUUGGCUGACUACAAUAAAUAUGCAACAGAAAUAUCGAAUCGAUGGUGGUCGAAAACCAUCUGGAAAAUCCAUGUAUCCAUCUGAAAUUAGUGGAAAUAAAUAUUGA